UGCCUAGAGAGGCUGGACUCUGAGAAGGAAGAAGGUGCUGCUUGAAGCCGGUGUCCUGUCGGUUCUGUGUCUUCUCCACGCCGGCAAAGCCUGUUCUCCUUUUCCCCCGGAGGGGCCAUGAUCUCCCAGCUCUUCAUUCUGUCCUCCAAGGGGGACCCUCUCAUCUACAAGGACUUCCGUGGAGACUGUGGAGGCAGUGAUGUAGCCGAGAUCUUCUACAGGAAGGUUACGGAGCUGCCAGGGGACCAGCCUCCGGUGGUCAUGCAUCACAAAGGCUACCACUUUGUCCACAUCCGACACUUCAGUCUCUACCUUGUGGUCACCACCUCAGGGGGUGUUUCCCCGUUCAUCCUCCUGGAGCUGUUAUCAAGGCUGGCCACCCUACUAAGUGAUUACUGUGGCUCCAUCAGUGAGAAGACUCUCUCUCUUAAUGUGGCCCUUGUUUAUGAACUCUUGGAUGAAGUGCUGGACUAUGGCUACAUCCAGACUACAUCUACAGAAAUGCUGAGGAACUUCAUUCAAACUGAGGCUGUGGUCAGCAAGCCCUUCAACCUCUUUGAGCUCAGCAGUGUUGGUCUGUUUGGGGCUGAAACACAACAGAGCAAAGUGGCCCCAAGCAGCGCAGCCAGCCGUCCAGUCCUAACUGGCCGCUCUGACCAGAGUCAUAAGAACGACGUUUUCCUGGAUGUAAUAGAAAGACUCUCAGUGCUUAUUGGAUCCAAUGGCUCCCUGCUGAAGGUGGAUGUCCAAGGUGAAAUCCGACUCAAGAGCUUUCUUCCAAGCUGCUCUGAAAUGAGAAUUGGCUUGACUGAGGAAUUCUGCGUGGGCAAAUCAGAAUUGAGAGGGUAUGGGCCAGGGGUACGAGUGGACGAAGUUUCAUUUCAUGGUUCUGUUCGACUGGAUGAGUUUGAAUCCCAUCGAAUCCUUAGGCUGCAGCCAUCUCAAGGCGAGUUGACCAUAAUGCGGUAUCAACUCUCCGAUGAUCUUCCUUCCCCACUCCCCUUCCGGCUCUUUCCCUCUGUGCAGUGGGACCAUGGUUCAGGCAGGCUACAGGUUUAUCUGAAGCUCCGAUGUGACCUACCCCCAAAAAGCCAAGCUCUCCAUGUCAAGCUUCACCUCCCUCUUCCCCGAGGAGUGGCCAGUUUAUCUCAGGACUUGAGCAGCCCAGAACAGAAAGCAGAGUUGGGUGAGGGAGUACUUCAGUGGGACCUUCCUCGGGUCCAGGGUGGUUCCCAACUCUGUGGCCUCUUCCAGAUGGAUGUCCCUGGACUUCCUGACCCCCCAAGCCCAGCCCCUCCUCUGGGCUUAGGUCCUGCAAGCCUCUCAUUCGAGCUGCCCCGGUACACUUGCUCAGGACUCCAGGUUCGGUUUCUUCGGCUCACAGCCCCUGGAACUCCUGGCAACACUUCCCCACAUACGUGGGUGAGACACCUAAGCCACAGUGAUACUUAUGUCAUCCGGAUCUGAGACCCAAAGUGGGAGGGCUAUGUCAACCUGCCUGUGGAAAGGAAGAAUGAUGGAAUGUUUCUACCACCACUGUCACCAGCAAAGAGAGUUGGACACAUAGGUCCUGGCAGGGUAACGAGAAUCUGGCUCUAGUCCUCUUUCUUGACUUUAAAAGAACUCAGGUAGAUCUGUGGUUACAAAACUGAACUGUUUUAUUUUGGGGAGGGGUCUGUACAGUGGGACAUAUCUGAAGACAGCUGAUGGGGAGAGGUGACUACUCCUCACCCCAAACCAAAAUGUAAUAACAUUAAUGAGAAUUUCUGUUUGAAUGUGA